UCGAAUCUCGGAUACAUAUUUCGAGUUUAGUGGUACCCUAAAAUCGAUUUUCUGAAACCUUAGAACCGGUUUUUUGAAACCCCAAAAUUAGUUUAGUGAAACUCUAAAACUGAUAUUGGAAACCUUAAAAUCGACUCAAAAAUCCAGUUAAGUCAGACAAGAGUAAAUCGCCAUCGCAGCUCCAUUCCGCCUUCCUCCCGCAUUAUAUCCCCGCCAUGAGAUCAAAAAGGAGAGAAAAAAAAAUAAAGAAAAUGUAUGUUGGUGAAGGCUACCACGCGUCAGCAAAAUAACCUUAUUUAUUUAAUAUAUACAUAUAUGAUAAUUAAAUGGAUGGAUAUUUCUUAUUGGCAAAGGCGAAGUGAGGUACAAGUUAGAAGUCGAGCGUUGAGAGUGUGGGAGCGGGCAUGGCAGCAGCAGCAGUACUCAGCUACUGCAAGCCUUCGCCAUUUAUUGGCCAAUUUCCUUCCAGCUUUGGGAAGUCAGUAUCUUCACAAAGCUUUGAAAUCUCAACGCAGGCAUCUAGAGUCACUGCACUAUUUUGGGGAUCUAAGAAAUCUGUGAAGUCUCAACCUUUAGAUUCUUCAUUGGGGGAUUUCACUUUGAUAGGGGCAGGAACAGAGGAAGCUACGGGGAACCAGGCAAGAGGCAAGAAGAUAUCGGUCUCUAUUAUUUCUUCAAUCAUGGAGGUUUCACCACAUGAAUGGGAUGCGUGCACUCUGGACGCUACAGGUCCUGAGAAGUUUAAUCCAUUUCUUACUCAUGGUUUCCUUUCAAGUUUGGAGGAAACAGGUUGUGCAGUGAAGGAAACAGGAUGGAUGCCAAGCCAUGUCGUUGCUAAUGAUGAAUCUGAAAAUAUUUUAGGUGUUGUUCCACUCUAUCUUAAAAGCCAUUCCUACGGUGAAUUUGUUUUUGAUCAUUCUUGGGCAGAUGCCUACUAUAGUUUUGGAUCAAGAUAUUACCCAAAGUUCCAAUGUUGUGUGCCUUUCACUCCAGUGACUGGGCCUAGGAUUUUAAUCCGCAAUACUUCAUUCAAAGAUCAAGUUUUUGACAUUAUAGUCUCUGCUCUGAAGGAUCUGACAGCCAAGUCUCAAGUUUCCUCUCUGCACAUUACCUUUCCAUCUGAAACCGAGUGGGAAAAAUUGAAGGAUAAAGGAUUCUUACAAAGGAUUGGAAUGCAGUACCACUGGAAGAAUCGCAACUAUAAAUGUUUUGAUGAGUUCCUAAUGGAUAUGAAGCAAAGUAAAAGGAAAAAUAUUCGUCAAGAGCGCAAGAAGAUUUCUGCACAGAACUUGACUAUGAAACGGCUUAGAGGCUAUGAAAUAAAGGCCAGUCACUGGGAUUCCUUUUACAAGUUCUACAGAAAUACUACUGCUAACAAGUGGGGUAGUCCUUAUCUAACAGGAGAUUUUUUUCACGAGAUGGGAUCAAAGAUGGGAGAUCAAGUGUUACUUGUAGUUGCUGAAGAAGGGGAUGAAGUUGUGGCAGGAGCUCUAAAUCUCAUUGGAGGAGAUACUUUAUUUGGACGUUUAUGGGGAUGUCACCCUCAAGUCCACUAUCCGAGCUUGCAUUUUGAAGCCUGUUAUUAUCAGGCGAUUGAAGCAGCUAUUGAAUUGAAUCUGAGCACAGUAGAGGCAGGAGCUCAAGGUGAGCAUAAGAUUCAGCGAGGUUAUGUGCCCGUGACAACUUAUAGCUGUCAUUACCUUAUGGAUGAAGGUUUCAGGAAGGCCAUAGAGGACUUUCUGGAGCGAGAAUCAUGUCAGGUUAGGCUGGUUAUGAAACUAUUAAACGAUUCUGGUCCCUUUAAGGAGGGUAUACACUAAACGAGGUGCUGCUUUUUGUAGAGGAAGCAGCAAAUACAUUGGUGUUUUCCAGCAAAAUAUGUAAAUUGGUGAUAACUGUAAUUCACGAAAUGCUUUUUUUUUUUUUGGGUGCUUUUACACGUAAGUUGAACCAUGUAACCACUUGAAAGCCUUUGUGCAUAAUCACAGCAGCAGCAUUAUAUCACAAAUGGAGAAUAGGGAAAAAGUAGUUGCAAUUAUAUGAA